AUGGCGACAUCGAAUGAUAGUCAUUUCGUUGAUAUAACUACGUGUGCAAUUUCGGGAAAAGUACAAAGUCCGCAAAAACAUUGCAUGGUAUGUGAGCGAAUGGAAAAGAUUUCAGAUGCCACUUUCGUAUGUUUUGAUUGCUCCGAUUUGUUGUGUGAUAACUGUUGUAAACACCACAAAGCAAUCAAAUAUACAGCGGACCAUGAAAUCAAUCCAAUAGAAAAGCUUACAUCAGACAUUAAUUUAUAUAAAACCUUUAAAAAUAAAUGUUCUGAACAUAAGGGUAAAGACGUAGAACUUUAUUGUGUCGAUCAUCAGAAUCCCUGCUGUUCGAUGUGUGUAUCGAUCUCUCAUCGCAAGUGUGAGAAAGUUCUAUCUAUCGAGGAUGCUGCUCGAGAGUACAACGGGACAGAGGAAGUAAAUAAAUUGAGAACCCAGCUCGAAAAAGUAGAAGAUGAUAUUAAAGACAUAAUUAAAGAUCGCCAAUCUGCUAUGGACAAGUUAGAAAGUCAGUAUUUAGAUCAGAAAAAGAAACUUGAUAACGUUUUCAGUGAGCUUGUUUCUAAGAUAAAUGAUCUCAAAGUUCAAAGAGAGACAGAACUUCUGAAAAUAUACAAUGAGGCAAAAACAAAUAUUGAUAUGAUUAAAUUGAUUUUUACAAAUAAAAAGAAAAAUAUAGAAAACGAGAAACAAAUUCUUGACGCAUGCGAGAGUAAAGCAUCCGAUGUUCAGGUCAUGAUAGAAGUCAAGAGAUUAAAUCAACAUCUAGAGGAACAUAAGAACAUUAUACAAUGUAAAGCUGACGAAAUAGUUGAUUAUGAACUUUCUUUACAAAAUGAAAAUAUUUCUGAUCUGCUAGCUAGAGCAGAAAGUUCAUGCAAGAUUUCAUUGGACAAGAACAAACCUAUUUUAGAUAUUAUAAAGACAGGAUCUACCAAAUUGUCAGAGAUACACAGUUGUAAUCGAUUUGUGUCAAAUUCAGGUGAUUGGACUGUUAGUGGAAACUCCGAUGCUAUAUGUUUUCAAGUGUCUAAAGAAAUACAACUGUGCGGAAUUUUAUCUUAUGUAUGUAAAGAUGGAUCAUCGACAUUUCAAAUGACCGCUUCAGUUAAAGACGAGUCCACAGAUCUGGUUUUAGUGUCAGAUUCCAUUGACAGUAAAUUAGCCAAGAACAAAUGUGUCAAGAUUCAUUUUCAGAAACCUGUGAAACUAUUAGCUAAUAAAAAGUACCACGCUAUUCUAGUGAUGAAAGGCCCGGUAUGUUAUUCUGGUGGAAAUGGGAAACUUGUAGUAGACAGUAAUGGUGUACGUUUUUCGUUUGAAAAUUCUAAGUUUGAUACAAAUUCUACAUCAACCGGUGAAGGCCAGAUUCCUGGAUUUUUGUUUAGAAAUCUUUUGUAAAUGUAA